UUAUUGAUUUUCAAAUUCAAACUUGAAAGUUGAUAGGAUAUUUUUAAUUUUUGUACAUAAAACAUAAAUGAAUAAUAAGUGAAUAAGUUAUUUAAAAGUAAAAACCUAAACCUAAAACACAGAAUUAUGCUAUACAAAGAGUAUAAGUGUAUGGGAAAGUGUCUAAGAUAAAUAAAGAUAUUAUUUCGAUUUCCUGCUUUUUAGUUGAACUUAUUAAUAAUUGUUGUGGCUAUUCCCAUUUCCCUAUAGAAUAAUAAAACAAGCAAUGUUUUUAAGUUCUUUACAGAGUUGGCUUUCUAAAGCACCUAACUAUACAAUAUUUAGAGUAAAUAAGUUAGCAAAUUUUGAUUGUAAUAUUUUGCAAAAGUUUUUAGAAGUGCAAAGUAAGGAAUUAAACAGCUCAGCAAUUCCCAAGAUAAGUUUCGUGAAGCCUGACUGUAUUGUCAUUGAGCAGUGGCCUGAAGGUACUGCAGUUGAGAGAAGUUCAAGCGAAGUUAUAGUUGAUACCAUGUGUGGAGCGGCAGUGUUGAGAGGGUCUCAUAUUUAUGCUCCAGGAGUACUUGGUCUCCCCACUAACUGCAAACUGGAUGAAAAAGUUGACAUUUAUGCUGAUUUGGAUGGUCAGUGUAAAAGAGGCCUCAAACUGAAAUAUGAUGGGAGCAAACUGUAUGUUGGCACUGGACAGUUGAAAAUGUUGCGUUAUGAGCUGUUUGAUAAUGAAAUACAAGCUUAUGGAGUCGCAAUACACAUGUUGCUUCCUGCAUCAAGAUUGCCAGUAAUUAAUGAAACAGUUUGCCCCAAGGGACAAUUACUACUACAGAAUUUUCCAUCAAUUGUAGCGGGCUGGGUUGUUGACGCCAAACCUUAUGAGCAUAUAUUAGACAUGUGUGCAGCCCCGGGAAAUAAAACCACUCAUCUCGCUGAAAUGUCUGAUAAUAAAGCACUUAUCAUGGCCUUAGACAAAACUGAACAGAAAGUCGCUAAAAUAAAGCAAACCUGUGAAACGCAGGGGGUGACUUGUGUCAAGGCGUUCGUUUUUGAUUCACGCAAAUGUCAUUCAGAUGAGAUUACGGAUUUAAAGUGUCCACCAUUUCCGUCGAACACUUUUGACAAAGUUCUUUUAGAUGCGCCUUGUAGUGGCUUAGGGCAAAGACCGCAAUUGAAGGAAUCAAAAAUGUCACCAAAAAUGUUACAAUCUUACAAAUUUGUUCAAAGAAAAUUGUUUGGUGCAGCUGUACGUGUAUUAAAAGUGGGUGGAAAGUUAGUUUAUAGUACAUGCACGAUAACAGUUAAUGAAAAUGAGGGUAUGGUGACAUGGGCGUUGGAAAAUUUCCCUUGUAUUCAACUCAUACCAGCAGAACCAUUUUAUGGAGGACCUGGCUUACCAGAUGUUGGCCUGUCAGAUGAUCAAAGGAUAAUGGUGCAAAGAUUUGGACCAGAAGAAGACUCAUUAAGAAAAGUGGAAGAUUUAUCACAAAACACCAUCGGUUUCUUCAUAGCCUCGUUUAUAAAAGUCAGUGAUCAUAAAAUAAAUUCAGGAGAAUAAAUAUCUAUUUUUAUUUUUGACUACA